CCUCCUGCCCCAUCCCCCACCAAGUUCUAAGAGCAUCAAUCACCGCACAGUCCUCUUCUUCCCCAAGUGUGCACUUUUCCAAUUAGCUAAUAAUAACCAUAAUUUCUGAAGGUUAUUGUUGAAGGUUUCCUGGUUCUUACCAGUGAAUACAGCUUUGGUAACUGGCCAAUUAAAACAAUAACAUAGAAUAAAAUUACCCGUCCACCUCAAAAGCCCAACGCGGGAAUGUUAAACGAAACAGUUAUUAUUUCCACUUCUUCCUUUCUUUUCUUUUCCAGGGAUGACUUUAAUAUUAAAGUACUUCAGGCUUUUGUUGAACUCCAUGAAUUUGUGGAUCUCAAUCUCGUCCAAGCGUUACGGCAGUUCCUGUGGAGUUUUAGGCUGCCGGGAGAAGCUCAGAAAAUUGAUCGCAUGAUGGAGGCGUUUGCUUCACGCUACUGCCUUUGCAACCCUGGGGUCUUCCAGUCUACAGAUACCUGCUACGUCCUCUCCUUUGCAAUCAUCAUGUUGAACACCAGUCUACACAACCACAACGUGAGAGACAAGCCAACAGCGGAGAGAUUUAUAUCUAUGAACAGAGGGAUUAACGAGGGAGGAGACCUCCCGGAAGAAUUGCUACGGAAUUUAUACGAAAGCAUUAAAAACGAGCCCUUUAAGAUUCCAGAAGACGAUGGGAACGAUUUAACCCAUACCUUUUUUAAUCCCGAUCGCGAAGGCUGGCUCCUAAAAUUAGGUGAGUGGACGGUGAAAACGUGGAAAAGGAGAUGGUUUAUACUGACUGAUAAUUGCCUCUAUUAUUUUGAAUACACAACGGAUAAAGAGCCCAGGGGAAUCAUUCCAUUGGAAAACCUCAGUAUCAAGGAAGUUGAAGAACCAAGAAAGCCGAACUGCUUUGAGCUGUACAAUCCCGGCCACAAAGGACAAGUGAUCAAAGCAUGUAAGACGGAAGCGGAUGGCCGGGUGGUCGAGGGCAACCACAUGGUGUACAGGAUAUCGGCUCCCACGCCCGAAGAAAAAGAAGAGUGGAUUAAAUCCAUCAAGGCAAGCAUCAGCAAGGACCCUUUUUAUGACAUGUUGGCCACUCGGAAGAGACGGAUUGCUAACAAGAAGUAGCGCUGUGGAAGGACUCUCGCCAUCCCGGUGUCCAGUGCCAAGGAAGCCUGUCUCAUCCCACUCCUUUCGGGAGUGUGAUGGAACCACAACUGAGCUGGAAAUCUCCCGCUCCUCUUUUACUUGUUGGGGAUUGUGAUUCCUCGCGGUGUCCUGUCCUUCCUGGUAGAGAGAGAUCUUUUCCUCUGAGUCUUUAAGAGCUACAUCCAGAGCUUGAAUCCAGAGCUUACAUCCAGACUGUCGUGCGUAACGUUGAAUCCCAUUGAUGUGGCUUGUGUGUGAUCACAUCUCUCUCUCUCAGCAAGAUGGUCCUGUUUGAAAAAGCUCUCCAGGAAGUUGCUUCCCCUCCCCAACUGGUAUCCCCCCCCCCAUUUGUUCCUCUUGGGUUUUAGCCCAGUCCUCCAUAUUGUCUUCUCCAAGAGGGUCUCGUUCCACUUCCAGGAAACUGGAUUGAAAGGAUCUGUGAUCCUUGCUUUAAAAAAAAAAAGAUAGCUGUUUGAUGGCCGGUGAGGGGGAAAAUGACACCCUGAGCAUCACACCAUUGAUGUGGAAGUUGUGCCCCUUGUGCACAUGUCCACCUAAGAGAGGGAGAACGUGAGUUGUGGUGCUCGAGUAACUGUAGGUGUUGUGAAUCCAUCUCCGAUGAGCAUAAAGCCACCAGUGAAAAAUGGGUGAUCUGUUUUGGAUGUACCGUCUUGAAAUGCUGAGGAUUUUAAUCUCAAAGGAUUACAGGCCCAUCUAAUCCAUCCCUCUGU